UAGUGGCUGCGGCUCCCUAAUUAAUUGCAGCUAUCUGUCUCCUAUCGAUGUGUGUGUACAUGUGUGUUGUGUGUGUGUGUGUUUCCUUUUUUCUCCCCAAACCGAACAUGAAAUAGUUUGUUGGGCUAUACUUUCUUUCUUCCUAUCCAUCCCCCCUUCCUUCCUUCCCGUCCUGGUUCGCAGCAGAGACAGGACAGAUUGAAGCCCAGCUGUGUUCAUCGCUUUUGCUCGUUGCCAUUUUCCCCCCUCAUUGCCCGGUGAUGUUGGAUAUGGGAGAGCGCAAAGAGGUGAAAAUGAUUCCUAAAUCGUCGUUCAGUAUAAACAGUUUGGUGCCCGAGGCCGUGCAAAGCGACAACAACAACAACCAGCAGAACCAGCACCACCACCAGAACCACCACCACCACCACCACCACCACCAGAACCACCUCCACCGGCCCGGCGGCGCCGACGAAGCCGAGCAGAAGGCGCCUCUCCCGCCCGCGCAGCCGGACGCCAAAGCGGAGCCGAAGAGCGAGUCUCCGAGUCAGGAGAGCUGCCCGGAGGAGAAGGACAAGCAGGAGGACAAGAAGGACGGCAAGGAGGCGGACGGCGGCUCCGGAGGGAAGGACGGAGAGAAGAAGAGCGGCAAGUACGAGAAGCCUCCGUUCAGCUACAACGCGCUGAUCAUGAUGGCCAUCCGGCAGAGCCCCGAGAAGAGGCUGACGCUCAACGGCAUCUACGAGUUCAUCAUGAAGAACUUCCCGUACUACCGGGAGAACAAGCAGGGCUGGCAGAACUCCAUCCGACACAACCUCAGCCUCAAUAAGUGCUUCGUCAAGGUGCCGCGGCACUACGACGACCCGGGGAAGGGCAACUACUGGAUGCUGGACCCCAGCAGCGACGACGUCUUCAUCGGCGGCACCACCGGGAAGCUGCGGCGGCGCUCCACCACGUCCCGGGCCAAGCUGGCCUUCAAGCGCGGCGCCCGGCUGACCUCCGGCCUGACCUUCAUGGACCGGGCCGGGUCCCUGUACUGGCCCAUGUCCCCCUUCCUGUCGCUGCACCACCCGCGGGCCGGCGGAGCGCUGGGCUACAACGGCACGUCGUCGGGCUACCCGGCCCACCCCAUGUCCUACAGCACGAUGCUGACCCAGAACAUGAGCAGCAACCACUCGUCGUUCCCGUCCUCCAACGGGCUGAGCAUGGACCGGCUGGUCGGCGGGGAUCUGCCCUACGCCACGCACCACCUGACGGCGGCGGCCCUGGCGGCCUCGGCGGUGCCCUGCGGCCUCUCCGUGCCCUGCUCCGGGGCCACCUACUCCCUGAACCCGUGCUCGGUGAACCUGCUGGCCGGACAGACCAGCUACUUUUUCCCCCACGUCCCGCACCCGUCCAUGAGCACGCAGGGCGGCGGCGGCGGCGGCUCCCUGCAGGCCGCCCGGGCUUCGGCCUCCAACUCCCCGCAGGCUCCGUCCUCCUCCGCGCUGCCCUGUGACUCUCUGAGGCCGGCGCUGUCCGGCUCUCUGCCCGCCUUCUCCUCGGGACUGUCCGGGGGUUUAUCUGACUAUUUUACGCACCAGAACCAGGGUUCGACCUCCAACCCGCUCAUACACUAACACCCCCAGAACCUCACCCUCCACCCCCCUCUCCCCCUCACCGCCCCCCCCAUCCUCAGCCCAGAGACUGGAGCUGUAAGUUGAACAUUUCACGGUGAACAUUUACAUGUAAAAAGUGACAGAAUUAUUAUAAAACUACCGACUAUAGAAUAAAGAGGAGAGACUAAAAGCUGCAAAACAAAAGAGAGCAGCAGAGAGAAAGAGACAGAAAGCAGCCCUGAAGUUCCCAGGUAUUUUUUAAUCUUCUUCUUCUUUCUGGCUUCUUUCUGUGUACAUACCGUCUGUGUUUGUCUGGAACUUCCUGUCAGUCAGCGACGUGCAAUGUGAGAAAAACGGAGACGAGAGCGGAUUCUUCUGUUGUGUUCUUGUCGGAGGAGGCAUUACUUUUAGAGAAUGUGUAUUUAAAAUAGUUUGGUCUAAUUUUGAGAUUUAAAAAAGCUAAAAUAAUAAUAAUAAUCCUAUGUCUACUAGCCGCAUGUCUGCAGUAUUAUCAGGUCUCAUGCGGGUCGGAGGAACGGCGGAGAGUUGAUUUUAUUUUAUUUUACGGAAUUGAAACACUAAUUUUUUUUUUAAAAUUUUAUUUUCUAUACAGCGAAUGUGUUUUUUUAAAAGCGACUCUGCUAAAAGCUCCAAGUCUCCUGAGGCUGUUUCUCAUCUUUCAAUGUACUUUUUCUAGACCAAAGACUCGGUUUCUAGGAGUUGUAGUCAGUAUUCCGAACCACGGCGAGCCUCCAGUCUGGAGCUCCUUCACUGCUGAAAAUGUCCAUUUAAACGAGAUCUUAUUGCACUUCUUUUGCAAUCUCUUCAUUUCCUUAAAUUGGCGAGGACGUGAGCGCAGUCUGGUGAAGCAGUUGGAGGGAUUUUUGCCUUAAUUCGCCUCUUUUUUUCCUCAUCUGUCAGAAGAGAAGCCGGCUUUCAGGCUGAAUCGUGUCUCGUUUGCUCUCAUGGAUAUUUUCCGCAGUGCCUCCUGUCCUGCUUCUCUCUCCGCUAAACACAGACGUUCACGAUUCUCCUGCUUCUUUUGUUCUUUUGUAUAAUUAUUAAAAAAAAAAAAAAAAAAAGAAGAAGAGAGAAAAUGUCUAUUUGUAAUUUGGAGUUUUGCUUUUCUUUCUUUCUUUUUCUGUUGUAGAAAAGGAGGAACACUGUAAAAACCGUGUGUUUGACAGAAGAAAAGAUGCCUCAUUAUCUAAUCUACUUGGAAUGAUUGUCCUUUAAUUGUCGUCGCUAAAAACAAUUUUUCAUGGUUGUGAUACUAUUGUGGUCUUAUUCUUAUUCCCGUGUUUGUCGCUUACAAAAGUUAAAAAAAGAGAAAAAAAUGUUUUAAUCAUAAAAAAAAAAAUAAAAGAAUAGGUUACAUUCAUAACUAAA